CCGGCGGUAACGGCGGCCGGGCUCUCCCCUUCUCUCUUCCUCCAGUAAUUCCUGCUGCCAUGCGGUGCCCCGCUCUGGCAUGAGCCCCCCCGGCAGGAGGAGCGCUGCCCGGGCCCCGCCGCUUUCCCUGGCCGCGGAUCGGUGUCGGGAGGAGAGGGCUGUCGCCGCGGAGCCGCCGCUCCCAGCACCGCCGGACGCCGGCUCGGGACGCAGGUUUAGCACGCUUGAAGCAUGGCUACAAGUGCCGUUCCCAGCGAAAACCUCCCCACGUACAAGCUGGUAGUGGUUGGAGAUGGUGGUGUGGGGAAGAGCGCUCUCACCAUUCAGUUUUUCCAGAAGAUUUUUGUGCCGGACUAUGACCCCACCAUUGAAGACUCCUACCUGAAGCACACAGAAAUAGACGGGCAAUGGGCAAUUCUUGAUGUUCUGGAUACUGCAGGCCAAGAGGAGUUCAGUGCAAUGCGGGAGCAGUACAUGAGGACCGGAGAUGGUUUUCUUAUAGUCUACUCGGUGACAGACAAGGCUAGCUUCGAGCACGUGGACCGGUUCCACCAGCUGAUCCUCAGAGUCAAGGACAGAGAGUCCUUUCCAAUGAUUUUGGUGGCGAACAAAGUUGAUCUAAUGCAUUUACGGAAAAUUACGAGAGAACAGGGAAGAGAAAUGGCAACAAAACAUAAUAUUCCCUAUAUAGAAACUAGCGCCAAGGACCCACCUCUAAAUGUUGACAAAGCCUUCCAUGAUCUCGUGAGGGUAAUAAGGCAACAGAUCCCAGAGAAAAGCCAGAAAAAGAAGAAAAAGACCAAAUGGCGAGGGGACAGAGCCACGGGCUCCCACAAAGUCCAGUGCGUGAUUUUGUGACGGGACUGCCUGGGAGAGCCUUGGACGCCUCCCUCCCACCCGCCCCGACCCACCGCCAACCCAGGCGAGGAGCAGCAGCCGCCCGCCGCCCCCCUGGGCUCCCCACAGCGGCCCAGGCUCGGAGGAGGCAGCUCGGGGGGGCCUGGACUCCCCCGGAGCGGGGCUGCGCGUCGGGGCGGCGUGGGAGCCGCGCGAACGGGAGGCGGAAGGGAUCAGCAGGACCUCGACUUUCAAACAUCCCCAGCGCCUUCCAGGGGCCUCCAUGAUGUUUAUUUAAAAAAAAAAAAAAAAAAGAAAAGGAAAAAAAAAGUGUUGGUUUUAUCUACAAACAUUUCUCCUUGUGACCCAUUUCUGAACAGCCAUGAAUAGCCCCCCUGUUUGGUACAGUCGUCUGUGUAUAUGUGGGGGAAGGGAAAGGGCUUUUAUUUUCUUUCUCUAGGUUGGGUUUUUUUUCAUCCUCUUCUCCUUUUUCGUUGUUUGCUCAGCGAGUGUUGGGUUGCAGAGAAACACGGCUGGGGUUAGAUUUUUUGCACUGAACUCUGUCUUAGGCGGCAGUGCCAAAACACAACUUCAUAUGAAAGUGCAUAGAUUUGGAGGAAGAAAAUUAAUUCCAGCUGCUCUGGGUGCUCCAGACAUUGUGUCAGACUCUGGAGGGCAGCCAGCUCACAGACCAUAAACUCCAGUUUAGGAAAAGAGGUUUGAGCUUGGAUUAUAUUUUUUUUUUGUCAAGAGGUUUUGUUUCUGUUUUGUAAUUUGGGGCAUGUCAAAGUUAAGACAUUUUGUUAACCUGGAAGUAUUUAAAUUAAAGUAAUUUACAAAUGGAACGGUAUGUCAUCUUUAAGGUGGGGGAAAGGGAGAGAAGAAGUAAAACCUGAAAU